AUUAAUCACAAUCAGUGCAAAAGCGAAUUCCAUUUGACUUAUACGAAAAAAAUUAAACACCGUACAAUAUCAUAUAUAGUUGCUGAAAUUAUUUUGCUACAUAAAAAAUAAGAAGAAAAUGGCAAAUGCUGAAAUUGAAUCUCGUUCAAGUCGUUGGCGAAAGGUGGGUUUACAAGGCCAUGGUAGGACCGCUACCCAAUGACUUUCUACGCAUUAAUAGUGGCGUUGAUGCACAGGUGGCCGCAGACAGUCAAACAGCAGCAGCUGUGUACCAACAACAAGUCUAUCCACAAUAUGUUGCACCAAAUUAUGUUGGUCGUUUGAGUAUCACGUGUGCACAAGCGAAAUUAGCACGUAAUUAUGGCCUUACCCGCAUGGAUCCCUACGUGCGUAUACGUGUCGGUCAUUAUGUAUACGAAACACAAACAGAUCCAAAUGGUGGUAAACAUCCACAUUGGAAUCGUGUAGUACAAAGUCAAUUGCCAGCGGGUGUUAAUUCGAUUUUCAUUGAAAUUUAUGAUGAAUGUAGUUUUAAAAUGGACGAAUUGAUUGCAUGGUGUGAAAUCAAAAUACCACAAAGCGUGAUGCGCGGUGAAACGCACGAAGAAUGGUAUCCACUGAGUGGUAAACAAGGUGACGGCCUUGAGGGCGCUAUCGACAUAGUUUUAAGCUUUUCCAAUCAACCAAUGCAGCCAUAUAUGUACCAAACUGUGGGUGGACCAGCGCAAAUGUUAAUGGUGCCGCCUGGCAGACCAAUGCCAAUAUUUGUAACACCUCAACAACCGCCAGUCGCCAAUACGGUUAUUCAGCCAGCACCGCGACAAUUAUCCGAAGAAGAAUUCAAACAAAUUCACGAAAUGUUUCCAAAUAUUGACAAGGAGGUCGUCAAGUCUGUAUUCGAGGCGAAUAACGGCAGUAAAGAUGCAACAAUAAAUUCCCUGCUGCAGAUGAACGAAUAAAAACGAGUGCAGCUGCGCAGCUAUUUUUUACGUACAUACAUAUAGUUAUACAUACAUACAUACAUACAUAAAAUAUAUACGUCUAUACAAUAUUAUUAACAAUACUAAACUAUGCUUGUAUGAAAUAAAAUUUAAAAAUUAGAUUUUUCAAUUUAUCACGCAUAAGCAAA